AAUGUGACAGCGGUAACAUUCUAGACAACUUGUUGUCUAGAAUGGAACAGUACGCGAACAAUUUGGAAACGUUGGUAGAAGAACGAACCGCCGAUUAUUUGGAAGAGAAAAGGAAAUGCGAAGAACUUCUCUAUCAACUGCUGCCAAAAACCGUGGCACAUCAGCUUAUUGGAGGACAGGCCGUUAUCGCCGAAACCUUUGAUCAAGUUACGAUUUAUUUCAGCGAUAUUGUGGGAUUCACUGCUCUCUCAGCGGAAAGUACUCCCCUCCAAGUUGUAGACCUUCUAAACGACCUCUACACUUGCUUCGAUUCCAUUAUUGAAAAUUUUGAUGUCUAUAAGGUGGAAACAAUUGGUGACGCAUACAUGGUAGUGUCGGGUUUGCCAGAAAGAAAUGGAACUAGACACGCGGUAGAAAUAGCUCGUAUGUCAUUAGCCCUUUUAGAACAAGUCCGAAAAUUUAAAAUUAGGCAUAGACCAAAUGAACCGUUAAAACUGAGAAUCGGUAUGCAUACUGGACCAUGCGUUGCUGGGGUAGUUGGUCUUAAAAUGCCUCGAUACUGUCUCUUUGGCGACACUGUAAAUACGGCAUCUAGAAUGGAAUCAAAUGGGCUGCCCCUGCGAAUACAUGUUAGCCCAGCAACCAAAGAAGUUCUCGACAUUUACGGCACGUUCAAUUUGGAAUGCAGAGGGGAAGUUGAGAUGAAAGGUAAAGGAAAAAUGAUAACUUAUUGGUUAAUGGGAGAAUGCAAAGGGGCAAAUAUAGACAGCGAUUACGUUCCAAAAAUGCCCCCAAAUCUUACUGGGUCCAGUCUCCCUAACGGAAAGAUCCAACUCAGUUCCGAAGGCAACGGGAAAAAAUUGAAUAGUAUAAACGUUCAUGACAACAUGGACGAUGACGCAGUGGUACCCCUGCUUUCUUUUACCACUUCAGAGUACCAUAACGUCUGAAUGAAGAAACACCAUGGAGUCUCUAUAUUCUUCCUAUUCAAAUCCUCUACGUUGUCGUCGAAAUUCUAGGCAGCAAAAUGUUACAAAACAUUUUGUUGCAGCCCGCUCAUUAUGACCAGUAUUUGUGGACCAUAUUCCCCAAUUAACUUCUUACACCCCAAUCUGAGUGUCUAUCAAUUCGACCUGUUCUUACAAGAAGGCCUCAAUGUAAUUCCACUGUCGAUGUGUAGCAGUACCAAUGCGAAGUUUUCGCAAAACGCUAACAUACCCUUAUCGGUGUUCCAAUACAGAGUGUUCUAACAUUUGAUGUAAUUAAAAUAAUAAAUAACGAACGAUAUAUAUAUAAAUGUAUUUAUAGAUGUUAUAUUUACGUAUAUAAUUUCCUGUGAAUGGGAUUAAAUUUUGCCUGAGAUAACUAGGAGACUGAUUAAAAAAGAAAGAAAUAAAUAAAUGGGUUAGUACUGCGAAUUUAACGGUCUAUUUUAACCCUCCUACUAACAGGAAUCUCUGUUUAUUGAACCAGAAGACUCCUUAGUGGCAUUUUAUCUGUCUACCAUAUAAUAUAAGACCUGCAUCUGAAUAGUACACAACUGAAACAUUUUCCGACAUGUAAUAUGUGUUACUUUAGUAACACUGGAAAUGUUGUUGCUGUUAAUAUACGUGUAUACGUAGUUAAACCAAACCUAACAUAGCCUAAAUGUUGAUUCAACAAAACCUAACCUAACCUUCUUAUUACUGAUUAUGUGAUCCACAAACAAAACGUACAUGUACAUUUAGGAAUGUUAUUUAAUUGUCAAUAAAUAUAGCUCAAUUU